AUGACCAUUAAGUCUACUGUCGAAAGUGUUAUGUCUGAACAUUUAAGGGCUAUCAAUGAACAAAUGGUGGGCUUCCAGGAGGCAAUGUCUUUCUUCAACCAUUUAUAUGAGGACCUGAAAACAAAAAUAGAAGAAAAAACAACCACUGUUGUUGAGCUACAGAAGGAGAACGCUGAAUUGAAGUCAUUUGUGAGGGAUCUCAAUAACAGGUUGUGUUCGGUAGAACAAAAUAUGCGUGAAAGUAACGUCGAAAUUGUUGGCGUUCCUGAAUUCAGAAAUGAAAACUUAAUCAAUACAGUCGUGCAAUUAGCCAAAACCGUGGACAGUCCCAUUAACGACGAAGAUGUCCUGCAUGUGACUAGAGUUGCAAAAAUAAACAAGCAAAGUGAUAAACCACGCUCAAUUGUUGUAAAACUUCGUAGUCCCCGAAAGCGUGACGUCUUACUCGCUGCUGUCUCCAACUUUAACCGGAAAAAUGCCAAAGAAAAACUAAGCUCGCAGCACUUGGGACUUGGUGGCCCUAAAGUCCCAGUUUUUGUCGCAGAACACCUGACACCGGCUAACAAAUCGUUACAUGCAGCUACUCGUAAAAAAACCAAAGAACAAGGUUACAAGUUUAUCUGGGUACGCAAUGGUAGAAUAUUUGUACGUAAGGAUGAAAUACAUAGUCUAUAG